AAUCAAGCGCAGGGAAAGUUGGCUUCUUUGGCUCGGCAUUAGAAAGAAACUUAUGUCAGUCGAGAUGAACUUGUGAUUACCUGUGAGCUCGGAUAUAUUUGUUGAAGCCAUUUACUGCCGAAAUAACUUACAUUAUCGGUGUAGUUUAGACAAAAAGUCACAAUGAGUCACGUGGAUCCAGGCCCCCUUUCCUCCUACAACAGCCUGGCUGACCCACACUUGUCAGGCUUUUUCUCUAACACUCGCAUGAAGAAGUACCUAUGUCGACAAGGACUGAUUACCCGGCGAGGCCAAAUCGUUUCGGAAUCCACAUACCGGAUAAACAUGGCACGUAAAGAACACAAGAAACAUGUGAAGAACUUGCUGGCUUCAGCCAUUGUGCACAAGACCCUGGACAUGGAGCGGCAUCGACAGGUGGAGAUCAAACGAAAACUGGAAGAGAUUGCGAAAAUCGAGCUGGUCAGGCGUGUGCGGGCCUCUACAUCUGGUAACAAAUCAGAGGAGAAUCUUCUCCCGUUGCUCGCGAACUCGGCUCGGGCGAAACGUGGGAGACCCGUGUCGGGCCCCACACCCCGCAGCAAAGCCCGCAAACAGCGUUCUUCACGCCCCUACAGUGCCCCAGCAAAAGAUAACAAACUUCAUGCCAAUAGUGGUCGUGAGGGGAGAUCACUCAGUAAUGAUGACGGGCGCCCAGAAUCACGCAGAGGGGCUCGUCAUAGAGAGCGAGGAAUGGACGAACUGACCAAACAUGACCUGAACAAGAAUGGCCUCUCCAAUGCUGAACUGGACACUAGAAAUCUCACAAGUCUUGACACGGUUGCUCUUAGGAAGUAUGCGUACAUGUUGUCAAAACACGAGCAAGGUGUGAAUGCCGUCUCACCCUAUCUCAUGCCCCAAGUUGGGUACCGGCUGCCGUCUCCACCUAAAUCACCCCGAGGGACCGCUCGUUCACGAAACAGUCGCAGACGACAUCAGUCCCCUCGCGACUCCCUCUCCGCCCGUUCUGUGUCCCCUGGGCAACAUCAGGCAAGGGGAGACGACCCAAAAGGGUCCCCAAGGGGCGAUAAGGUCACUGUGGAUGGUCAGCUGAUCAUCCAUCGUCAGGAGCCUGCGAUGAAGGGUCAGGAGAAGGUGCAGUCAUUCUGUACAGUUAGCAUCAAGUACCACGGGAAGAAGCUGGUCCUGCCCAAGGACCAGGUCGACCCGUAUCAGGAGGUGCUGGUGGAGCAACAGCACUGCGGUGGCAACACGCUGCACGUCUUCAAAGAGAAGCUUCUCCCUGGAUCAACUUUCCGAUUCAUCUCACGUCGUCACAGAGGCUACCCAUUCAGCUUGUCCCUGUACAUUGAUGGCCUCAUGGACUGCCGUGUCAGCUCGUGCUGUGAGUAUAAGCACGUGCCCGGGUCAAAACUUGGCGGCAAGCAGGGGCACUUCUCCCUUGUGGGCGUGACGGGAUCUGCACCUUGCUACAGGUGCCAGGUUGAAAAAGAACUGCGUCUUCAGAGAAAGACCAAGAAGAAAUCCAAAACUAAAGCUGAAGCCACCAGCCAUGAGGAUCAAGAGGAGGUAACUCAGGAGGCCGAGAAAGAGGAAGAAGAAACAAACAUAGUACCAGUAGAGGAGAGUGACAGUGAAGGGGAGACAACCAGGAGUGACGACACACCCAAGGAAGUUGAUGUGAAUGAGACAGCAGAUGAUAAAAAUGAAUAUGAAGAAGAUUUUGAGGAUGAAGACGAAGACAAAGAGGAAAAGUCGAAGGAGAAAUCUGAUGAGGAAAGCGAUGAAGAGGAUAAGAAGGUCGAGGAUGAGGCUCCACUAGAGUUGAUCCAUGGAGAAGUCGAGGAAGAAACCCAUCAGAGAGCUGACUCCCCUGUACCUGUGUUUGGAGCCCCCGCAGGAGAUGCCCCUGCAGGAGAUGCCCUCGCAGGAGAUGCCCCCAUAGGAGAUGCUCCUGCAGGAGAUGCCUCCAACAAAGCCAUGCUUUCCCCUGACAAACAAAAACAGAAAAUGUCUGAGUAUGACUACCAGCUGAGUGAUGGCAGAAAGAUUGAAGGCUACUCUUCAGAAGAAGAAUACCUGGACAAAGAUCAAAAGGGUGUGGCACAGGUGGAAAUCCAUGAGUCUGCAGAACCAGUGCGAUUUACGUCGUCUCAUAGCCUUUUCUGGCGAUACAGCGAUUCGGAGGAUGAGAGCGCAAAGUUGGAGAGCUCCUCAUCCUCCUCUACCAGCGACUCAUCCUACCAAAAGUCCAGUGCUUCUUUCUCCUCGCCGAUCAGCCCCAGACAAAAACUAAUGCAUGUUAAGGAGCUGGAUGAUGUCACGGAAAGUGGUGACAUUAGAGGAACCGAUGAUGGUGUCACCGUGACAACAGGCAAGCAGGAAACGGUUGAAGUUGCGAUGAGUGAGAUGGAUGAAAGUGAGAAGCUGGUCGAGGACCAAGUUGUGACCAAGAAGGCUUUGUUUGAGGAUCCAAACUUUAUGAAACCCAAGCUGAAGCCGAGUUCCCCACGAACCAUUGAAGAAGCCGCCGCUAGAGUAGUUGCUGAUGUAAGCACAGAGGUGUUGCUCGAGGAACACAUGGAGAGAGUGCAAAGAGAAAGCCACCAUCCUUUGGCAGAUAGUGAUAAUUCGGAACGUUUCUUGUCAGAACAUCUUCAUCAUCAGGAAGAAGAAAGUCCAGCGCCUGCUGAAAAGCAUGUCCGAUUUGAGAGGCCAAAAACUGCCAAGGAUCACCGCCGAUUGCCGACUAAUGCAGAGAACGAGGUGAAGGAACUUCAAACUGUGGCUGAAGAUGACUCAUCAGUUCUGUUCCUUGACCAUAACACGUCCUCCUCUUCAAGUUCUGAGUCAGACUUGGAGAGGAAUUCAGAGAAAGGUUCGGAUGAAUCAGGAAUUCAGGCUGCUCAAAACUCCAAAGUUGAAGACUCCCUCAAACUGGAUCUUCUAGGUCAUGACUCAGAGGUGUCGACUGGUACCCAGGAUAGGUCUGGUCAGCACACUUUUGAUUGUGACUCUGCUGGAAAAAAUGAUCUUGUUCAGGAAGAUAAUGACAAAGAGAAUGUCCUGGAAUCUGAAGAGAUGGAGACAGCUGUUCAAGAAUCUGACUCUAACUUUCAAGACUGGGCUAUUCACAAUUCUGCAACUUCAGACUCUGAUGCUCAUGAGGCAUUCCACCACAGGACAACUGAAUUGAACAUCAUCUCCACUACAACAAUAACAAGUUCCACAGCUCCUAUCAGUACGGCAAUAGGGACUGUUGGCACCACGGAAAGUGUGACCAGCCCCAGGGAAACCCACCCCCACCUGAAGUCUUUGCAGAAUGGAAAGGAACAUGACUCUAGCGUGGCAUCUGAGAGUGGUCACGACUCGGAGACCAGCACCGAAGGAAAACACCAUCGCCCAAAGUCUGCUCAUAUUGGAAAGGGACGUCUCUAUGGCAGUGAGUCGGAGAGUGGCCGAGACUCGGAGGCCAGCACGAAGGGAAUCCAUCAUCGCCCCAAGUCUGCUGUAUACGGAAAGGGGCAUCUUAAGGGCAAAUCUAAAGACUCUCAUCACGGCUCCCUCAGGUCCCGAUCCAGCUCCAGCAGUAGUAGCAGCAGCAGCUCUGGUUCCCACGGGUCUACUUCACCCAGACAGAAACAUGGCUCUGGAAGCUCUUCGCAAACAGAGGAUAGCAGUUCUGAAUAUAGUGAGGAAACCAGCAAGACUAGCUCCUCCCCCUACCAUCAUGGCUCCUCCUCCCAGCAUAGUAGCUCCAUCCACCAGCACCCAAGCCCCUCUCCUUCCCCAAGUAGCCCAUCAGGAAGCCUUCUUAGUCGAAAUGAGCAAGCAGCUUCAUUGGCUCUUGCUGGUGUCAAUCUGGAUCAGAAAAAGGUAAAGGAGAUUUGUCACCAUGUGGAGAAAAACGAUCAACUGGAGGAAGUGACAUUGAGGAACGUGGAACUGGAGAGUUGGAGAUUCAGAGGCUGGCUUUUUCCUUGAAACAGUCCGCGGGUGGACUGAAGGUGUUGAAUUUUGUCCAGAACAACUUGGAUGCCAUUGGUGCUAGUAAAAUUGCUGAAGUGUUGAAGGUUAAGCCAUCAAUUGAGUCUCUCAGUUUGGCAGGUAAUCCCAUUAGUGAUGAGGGUAUGAAGGCUUUGGUG